AUGCCUUUUCUUGCUCAAAAGUUUGUGCCAAUUCCUAAUAAGGAUAUCUUGUCCUGGAUGUUCGACAAGCCAAAAUUCGACCAAGAUAAACCGGUCUACAUUGAUGCCAUUGACCCGUUAAGGUCAAUCUCUGCGAGGCAAGCUCGAGCGAUAAUCCGAAAACUGGCAGCAGGUUUCCACGCCGCCGGCGUGACACCUGGAGACUGCGUCUGCGUUCACAGCUUCAACAAUAUUUAUUACCCGAUGCUUUUUCUGGGUAUCAUUGCUGCCGGUGCAAUUUUUGCCGGGACCAAUCCAGCAUACACCCGCUUCGAACUUGCUCAUCAUUUCAAGACAUCUCGCACCAGGUUUAUCAUUGCCGAACCCGAUCUGCUACAAGCCGUCGUUUCAGCUGCAAAAGAAUGCGAUAUAUCGGAAAACAACAUCUGGGCCUUCGAUACCCAGAACGAAACGAUCCCAGCUGGAUUCUCAUCCUGGAGGGCGCUCCUGGGCCACGGGGAAAAAGAUUGGAUUCGCUUCAAUGAUGAACAAGUCUCCAAAGGGACGACAGCGGCUAGGCUAUUCAGCAGUGGGACUACUGGAUUGCCAAAAGCCGCAGCAUUGUCCCAUUACAAUCUGAUUGCUCAGCACACGUUGGUCAAUGAAACACAUCCGAUUCCGUACGAGCCUCGCCGCCUCCUAUAUCUCCCACUGUUCCAUGCAGCAAUGGUUCCCGUAGCUCAUGUCACUCCUCUGCGAUCGGGGGAUUUAAGCUACAUACUCCGACGCUUCGAGAUGGAGCCUUUCCUUUCUUCCAUCCAAAAAUACCAACUCACUGAAAUGGUCUUCGUUCCACCGGUUGCGGUUGCUGUGUUGAAAUAUCCAUUCCUCCACAAUUAUUCCCUCAAAUCAAUUAAAGUGGUCGUUUGUGGGGCAGGUCCGCUGGACAAGGAACACCAAAAGUCGCUUCAAACUAUCCUCGGGUCAGAGACGUCUUUCACCCAGGUCUGGGGCAUGACGGAGACAAGUUGUGUGGCUUCAAAAUUCUACUAUCCUGAACGAGAUGAUACUGGGAGCGUUGGGCGUAUGAUGCCGAACCUGGAUGUCAAGCUCAUAGACGACAGCGGGAACGAUAUUACUGCUUUCGACAUUCCAGGAGAGCUCUGCAUUCGAGGCCCAACGAUAAUAUCUGGUUAUUUCAACAGUCCACACGCUACGAAAGACUCCAUUGAUGAGGAAGGGUAUUUUAAAACUGGCGACGUGAUGUUCUGUGACUCUAAAACAGAGAAAUGGUACAUCAUCGAUCGUAAGAAAGAGCUCAUCAAAGUGAGGGGCUUCCAGGUAGCCCCAGCCGAGAUCGAAGGAGUCCUGCUCUCUCAUCCGGAGAUCCUAGACGCUGCCGUCAUCGGCAUCAGGAAGCAGAACGAACUAGAUGUGGAAAUGCCGAAGGCAUAUGUAGUGCGGAGGCCCGGAGCAGAUGACACAGCUUUGACAGAGGAGAGAGUGAAGUCUUUCUGUCGGGAGAGAUUGGCAAAAUAUAAGGAGCUAUCAGGCGGAGUUUCCUUCAUUGACGUAAUUCCGCGAAAUGCAACGGGAAAGGCCCUAAAACGCAUACUCAGGGAUUUGGCGAAAGCUGAGACUAGGAAUAGCAACAGACUUUAA